UUAUCAGAUACGUCAAAAUUGUCAACGGCAACGCAAACAACACAACAGAAUUUCCUGAACAACACAUCUCGAAAAAUUUUACAUUAAAUAGUGUUUAGCAAAGUAAAUGUGAAUUUGUGAAGGUAAUUUACUACUACGGUAGGCUUUGUAAGCCACCCUGUCUGUUAAAAUUUAAGCAUGAACUGCAAGCCGAUUCUCACAUAUUCAGGCGAUAUCCGGCUCUUCAAGAGUUUGGAACCGCAUAUUGUUGCAGCCUUGCCCUCGGAUACGGCCGAAUGGAAGCGGUCGUAUGGAAGGCCAGUGAAAAACGUUCGCGUUGAAGCAACUUUUCAACCAUUAGAUUUGGCCCUCUUGGAAAAAUAUAAUGGAGGUAGCUGGAGCAUUGUAGAACACCCCGUGCUACAUCUAUACGUGACCGAGUGUAACGAUGUAGAAGCCUAUCGGGCUUCAGUGAAGGAGGAAAUUGAUCAGUGGUUAAAAGUUCUGUCCGGAUUCAACGUGACCGAUUGGAUGAUUGUCCUUGUGGAAACUCUGGACAUUAAAAAAUCCAAAAACAUACUGCCUCGAACAACGGUUCUAGAUAAAAUUCGUCUAGACUUUGCAUCCAAGAAUGGUGAUCGGUGUCUAUCGAUUCUUAAUCCGAGUAAAUUCGAAAUGAAAGCAACAGAAUCAUUUCGUUGUUUACUACAACGUAUACGCCACUUAAUGCUGACCGGUUACAACAGAAAUAUUGUCAAAUAUGAGGAAUUGAUACGGUCGAACAGAGAAAACAGAGUGCAAGAAAAUUGGAAUUUCAUUGACUAUUUUUUGUUACAAGAACAACUCGCGUUCGUGCUUAACAUGCUUGGACAAUAUUCAGAAGCUUUGGUACAGUAUGACGAACUAGAUGCCUUGUUUUCACAAUUCAUUCUCAAUUCGGUUUACGGAGAAAAACAAAAAUGGUUGCAGAUUUUUGAUCAGCCAUUGUUUGCAUUCCAUGGUAUAUCCAUGAAUCCAAUAAAAAUGGAAGAAACACGCGGCAAAAUUAUUAAUCAAUCCGUUAAUCUACUAGAAUUUAGAAGCUAUCUUUUCGAGAGACAAUGCUUGCUCUUAGAUAAAAACGGUAAACCAUGGGAAAUUGCUGAACGUUUGUUGCCGUUUCUUUUCUCUACGCUAAGAGAAAUCGAGGCUUUGAAACUAGAGACACCAGAAGGGGCACUCGACUGUUGGGAGUUCGUGUGUGCCUUAGAAGUACUUUACCUGUGUGACAAAGUGCAGGAAUCGAAAGAUAUUUACAAGUGCUCACAGUAUUCCGCGCCAAUCUGGAACUUAGCAAAAGAUAAACUGUACAGUUUGGGUAAACAGUGCGGAUUGCUUCCUGGAUGUACACCAUCAUCCGAACAAUUACAUACGGUUGUUCAUCUCUCAGCAGGAAUAGGAGACAGUAUUCCGGAACAACAUAGUCCACUUCUAGAGGCUGAAUCUACAGAAGCAAAAAGAUCACAUUCUCCUGCGCGCAAGCCCCGAAAGUCCGCGAAAGAUAGUUUAAAGGAAGCGUUAGGUUCAAAUCAAGCUUUCACAAAGCUAUACUUGGAGUUGAGUGAGUUGGCAAUCAGCACCUACAAACAUGUGUCUAGACUGCGAUCGGCUCGUUUAGUCGGACUUGAUUUGGGCAGUUUUUACAUUACUUUAAAUGAACCACAUAAGGCGGUAGUUUUCUUCACUGACUUGCUUAGAGAGCUUAAAACUGAAAACUGGCACUUUCUUAGCAGUCAAACCUUACUGCAGUUAGCCAGUUGUUACAAGAAAAUGGAUGACAUUGUCAGUUAUACUAAAACGUGUAGUGCAAUCACUUGCUGUGUAGAUUUGGAAAAACUGGUCCGAACCUUUUAUUUCGAUGAAUUUCUCUCGUCACUCAAAUUACUCAAAACCCGAAGAAAUACAGAUAUUACCGCAUUAAGCGUAAUAACAGUCUUAGAGGACCACUUUCAGAUUAUCGACAUCAACAUAGCUCAAAAAUCAGUUGUUCAGGAUGAUUAUGUUUUGGUUGUUUUGAAAUUAAUUAGUAACUUUCCCCGAGAAAUUUUAUCGGAACAAAUACAGCUGUCAUUUGAAAUGGACCCAAAGCAUGCGCCUGAAUCACCAUCUGCUCAAGGCGGGGCACCAGAUGCAACCUCACUGCUUCCUAUUACAUUACAUCUGGACUAUAAGCAAGACGAUACCUUAAGUUGCGCAUCAGUUGCCUGCGACAACAAAAUUAAGCAACCAGUUCGCCGAACUAGCAGUACCAGACGUCGUAUUUCGCCAACGCAACGAUCUGAUUUCACCAACUGUGUUGUUGGUGAAAAGACGAUAGUGCAACCUGGACUAAAUACAAUCGAACUGAAAGUAAAAGCCAAGCGGGUAGGCUCAUGGGUUUUUAAGCAGCUUUCCAUCCAAAUUGAUUGCGUCGAAUUCUUGUCAGAAAGCCUCCCCCCAGUUCCGUCAAAUUUUGAGAUUAUAACUAAAGCAUCAUCUGCUGUUCUCAAUUUCAUGAACCUCAUUGCCGGUGUAGAACAACCCGUUAAACUCAUCGUUGCUGGCGGUAGUUUCCGCUUUUCGAAAGAUGCAAGCAUUACGCUUAAAUGUUCCAAGAAUUUACGAAUGCGACCUGCUGCUCCAGAGGAACAACUUCGUAAAGCAACUUUUCAGCGAGAGUUAAUUAUAAGCUUGCAUGACUUCCAAUCAUUUGAAGAAAGGGCUAUAGAGUUGGAAGCAUUGUGUGAACUUCCUGGUCGACGGGAAGAAAAACCGAUCGAGCAGAAAGUUAUCCUUCAGGUUCCUUGGAGUCGCAACGAGAUUCAAAUACCACUGCACUUUCUCCCAGCUUUGACGGCUUCAUGUCGUUUGCAUUCCUCGGGUUCACGGAAGUUUUUGCAGGUGCUACUUAAAGGAGUUAGUGACAAUAGGCUUAUCCUGAAAGAUGCGUCUAUGAUGUGCUCUGCAGAAGGUGUCACCAUCAUUGACGUGAAUCCAAAAUCACAAAACAAAAUCAUUAUGACUAAAAGUUUGUCUAUUUCGUAUCUGUAUGAAAUACAAGUGGAAGCAUUGAAAGCGGAAAGAGAGCUGCCUGUUAUUCAUGUUGAUUAUCGAAUGAACUUCGCCGACGAAAAUCUUCCGGAAGAUCAACGUUAUUACAUCCCAUACUCGGUUACAUUUGAUGUAAUGGACUACACAACAUUGUUUACUAUUUGUGCUAAAAUCGAGCCGUCCGAAUUAUGCCGUGUAAAUUCGGUAUGUCAUUUAAACCUGCGGAUAUCGAAAGUUCAUGCCAAUCCAUUCACUGACCUGAUGUACGAAGUUCUUGCCGAUCAAAAUAUGUGGGUUGUUGUUGGUAGGACCGCAGGAGUCAUUUCGAUGGAAGAAGUGGAAAGUCACAGCAUAACGUUAGAAGUCUUGCCGCUAACAGCUGGGUUUCUACCGCUACCGAACGUUCGUCUGUCCAAGUACAUUUCAAUAAACAAAUCGAAAACGGACAGCCAUCCACGGUUGCAACCUUUUCCCCCAGGACAGAUAUACAACUCGACCAAAAGUAUGCAGAUACAUGUUUUAGCCAGUAGUAAUACCGACGCGUAAAAUGAAUCGUUAUCAUUUUUGUAUGUUAUAAUUAUUUAUGUUUUUUCAUAACCACAACAGAUCAAAACAAUGGUCGCAGUAGAUCAAAUCUUACAAAAAAAUCUUCAUUCAUAAGACUUUCAAAUAAACUGCAAUUUAGGUUUGAAGAUAUUAUUACUUACUGUUGUUUUGCAAAAAUUACUCCAUUAUAAUAAACAUAUAUAAAUCUA